AUGGCCCCAAUCCCAUCCACCACCAAACAAUGGACCUUAUCCCACAAACCACACUCCCAUCUCCCCAUCCUUCCUAACAGCUCUAAAUCCCUAUCCCCCGAAAUUCCACCAACAUUCACCCUUAAAAAUACCCCAUUGUCCUCCCCAGGCCCCUCCCAAGCCCUCCUCAAAACAAUCUACCUCUCCAAUGACCCCGCCCAACGCGGCUGGAUCUCCGCCACCGCGGACCCAGCCCGUCUAUACGUCCCACCCAUCAACGUCGGCGAAGUCAUGGGCUCCACCGGUAUCGCCGAAGUCGUGGCCUCUGGAGACGAAGAUCGACUGAAACCAGGGUCGAGAGUGUUCGCGCGCACCGGAUGGAGCGAGUACACUGUUGCCAACAUCGAGGAUUGUACCGUCAUUGGGAGUUUGGAGGGACUCAGGGAUACGCAUUUUCUGGGCUCGUUUGGCUUACCCGGCUUGACGGCUUAUUAUGGCCUCGUGGAGGUUGUGAAGCUGGGGAAGGAGGAUACCCUUGUUGUUAGUGGUGCGGCUGGCGCGGUUGGGAGUAUGGUUGUGCAGAUCGCGAGAAAGAUUGUGGGUUGUAAGAGGAUCAUCGGCAUCGCCGGCACGGAUGAGAAAUGUCGCUGGGCCGAGAAGCUCGGUGCGGACGUGUGUAUCAACUACCGGAAGGAGUCUUUCGAAGAGGAUCUCUUCCGCGAGACAGAAGGCUUUGUCGAGGUUUACUUCGAUAACGUUGGUGGAAAGAUCCUCGAUCUCAUGCUCCUCAGAGUGAAGCGGUAUGGACGGAUUGCUGCUUGCGGUACUAUUGCAAACUAUAACCGUGACGGAGACCCAGUAGGGUUGAAGAACUUUUAUGAGGUGAUAUCCAACCGCAUCACCAUCCAUGGAUUCCUGAUCUUCGAUUACUUCCCCAAGAUCGCCGAGGCCACUCAGGUUCUGGUUGAGGCCUGGAAAGAUGGAAAGAUUGAGGUGGAUGAUGCAACGGAGACGGUCGUGCAGGCUAAAUUUGAAGAUAUUCCCGCUGUUUGGAUGAGGUUGUUCGAGGGCGCGAAUACAGGGAAGUUGACGACUGAGCUAGUUUAG